GACCAACAACAUGGCAGAAUCAGAACAAGUCGGAAGACUGCCGGCGAAUGAACAGAUUGCUGAUGAAAUAGUAAAUCAUCAACACGACAUAAAUUUGUCCGAUUUUGCUGUUAAGCGUGUUUUAAGUGUCAACCCACAACGUAAAACUAUAUUUUUGGAAGGCUGUUUUAAGGACAAGGAAGGUAAAGCAGUGUUGCUUUUAGAAAAGCAAGCGUUUGAAGAGAAAUCUGUGGGCCAUAUAACGGCCAACGCAGAAUUGUCUAAAUUAUUCGUCAACGAUUGCUAUGGAAGCUACGAGUGUUUUCCAGAAGCAAAGUUAAAUGGAAUCAAGACCACUUUGAUUUUCCCUGCCACAGACAAACACAUAAAAAAGUUUGAGUCUCAGCCUAUCCACAUAAUUGAGGAGACAAAGGAUUAUUAUAAGAAUAUAACACUGCCACAUCUCACACAAGACCAGUUUAACUUGCAGUGGGUCUACAACAUUCUGGAUGGUAGUGCUGAAGUUGAUAGAGUGGUCCUUGAAGACAAGGAUCCAAACACUGGUUUUGUCUUAUUGCCAGACCUCAAGUGGGAUGGGAAACAAACCGACAGUUUGUACCUGUUGGCAAUAGUUCGACCACGGGGUAUUCUCAGUCUUAGAGACCUCCGCAAUGAACAUCUCCCUCUCCUUAUAAAUAUCAGGGAUAAGUGUUUGGCAGUGAUUCUUGAGCGGUACGGUGUCCCCAAAUCACAGCUGAGGGUGUUUUUGCACUACCAACCCUCAUUUUAUCAUCUGCAUAUUCACUUUACAUACCUCCAGUUUGAAGCUCCAGGUAUUCAUGCUGAAAAAUCUCACCUUUUGAGCACUGUCAUAAACAAUAUUCAAUUGAUACCAGAUUACUACCAAGAAGCAACCUUGACAUUUGCUGUCAGGGAAUCUGACAAUCUUUUUACAUCCUACGAAAACAAAGGCAUUGUAAAAAGAUGUCCGCCUAAAGAAGAAAAUGAAACCCAAAAUAGUAAUUGAAGUUCGCCCACGUCUUCAAAGCUGCCAGGUUUUCUACCGAGCGGAAACUGGUCAAAAUGAAGAUUUUACAGUUCAUAUUCAAAAUUCCUCCAUAACAUUUCAAAGUGAACUUAAAGAAGAAGUUUUUGAAUUUGAUGAUCUGAAACUAAAAAGUCAGUUACUACAUUCCUUAAAGCCUGAUGUUGAAUGUAUUAUUUCAUGUAGGAUUCCAAUUUUAGCAUCUGUAAAAGAAAUUGACAGUCAAGUAGAUUCAAAUAAAUACAUUCCUGAUGUUGAAAAAGGAAAACCGGUUCAACUAGUUUGUAGGUGUUGCCAUUCAGAAUUGUUGAAGGAGAAAACUUGUUUCACCAGAAUUUUACCUCUGCCUUCUGCUGAAGUUACAGCAGGGGAUCUUUUCUGCCACGGAUGUUGUGACGAAGAAUUCGAAAGUAAACACAACACUAAUCCUAAACCAUUUGACCUGCUGUUUGGUAAUUAUUUUUUUAAGUUCAACAAAAACUUGCUAAGUGAUACAAAAACAUUCCUAGUGAACGACAUAAGUUAUUGCCAACAUUGUAGAACCUGGCUGGGAUCACAAGAUAGUGUGAUUCAAUCUGUGAAAAUGUGGAACUGUACUGUGGCUUUUGAUGUUUCCCUCAACAAGUUAGUAACUGCAAAGGGCGAUUUUAUUGCUGUUGUUAAAAACAUAAUUGAGGACUCUGAAGGUACCAUGUGUAAAAUUGUUGUAAGUUGUAAAUAUGAACCCAAUAGGAAAGAAUAUUUGCUUUUAUGGAUUAUGGACAAAGAUUUACCUUUGUUAGUUAGUUGUGAAAGUUCAAAGAAGCUGGUGACCAAAAAUGUUAUCAAGCUGCUGUAUUGUCAUGAGACAUCUCAUUCGUCUGUAGUUUCUCAGUGGGAAAAAGACAUGAACACCCAUUGUGUAGAUGUCGCAGAAGUGAUGUUCUCUGAAGGAAUUGAGUAUCUAACUCAAAGCAAUGCCUUGUUCCCAACAAUAUUCAGGCAAGGUAACAACAUGAAUGUUGGGUAUUUAGGUUUUUGAUUUUGAAAAUUGUUAUAUUUGUUUCUUUUGUAUUAAUUGGAAUAAAAAAAUUAUCCAAAGUCCAAAG